CCACGUCCCGGUGCUCUGUGACGUCACCGCCUUCCAGCUGGCUGUUCUUGUACACGUCGUUACGUUAGAAAGCGAGAACGAUCGAUAAAUCCCCCCAAAAUUAAUUAAAAGUUUAAAAUGCCACUAUUUCCUGCUAUUUAUCUACCUACAUACACUAAAUCAUAACAGUUAAACUAAAAUAAAAUUAAAAAGAAAAGAACCGAGUUGGCAUUAGUUUAUUAAACCUGGCUUCCCAUGGUGCAGAGUUACCAGACGUAAUGGCUGAGAUGGGAAAUCGUUGGGAAGACUGUUCCAUUUUGAAGUAGUCUUUGGUAAAAAUCUAGGCUGGCUUCUACUGUGAUUGGGAUGGAUGGGAACAAAGACUCAGUGGAGUUUUGUGAGGCGGGUCUCUCUGAUCUGAGGCGGCAGGCCCGUCAGUUAGAAAAUGAGAUUGACCUCAAGUUGGUUUCCUUCAGUAAACUUGGUACCAGUUACACAAGCCAGAGGGAGUUUGUUGGUGCUCACCAACCAGGAAACCAGACCAGCAGCAGCAGCGACACAGUCCCUUUGCUCAACAAGACCAACAGUGACCACAUGUUUGAGACAAUGACUAUGGAACUAGAGCAGUUGAUGGCAAAGCUGACUGAAAUAAACGACCUGUUGGCAGAAUAUACGCAGAAUUUCAGUUUGAGUUCCCCCAGUGCCACCUUGCUGCACACCCUACAGAGACACAGGGAUAUUCUUCAGAAUUACUCUCGCGAAUUCCAGAAGACCAAAGCCAAUAUAACGGCUCUGAAGGAGAGAGACGACCUCUUGGGGUCAGUUCAUCGAGAUAUCAAUGCCUACAAAAACUCGUCAGGCCUCAACAGAAGAACAGAUCUUUAUUUAAAAGAACACGAACACAUCCGAAAUUCAGAAAGAUUGGUGGAUGAACAGAUUAGCGUUGCUAUGGCAACCAAAGAAAACUUGUAUGUGCAGAAAACUAUGCUGAUGUCCAUAACACAGACAAUGAAUUCGUUUGCAAAUCGUUUCCCCGCCAUCAACAGCCUUAUGCAACGAGUCAAUAUUCGCAAACGACGGGACUCCAUCAUUCUGGCGUCUGUGAUAUCCGGUUGUAUCAUACUAAUGAUUCUCUAUGCACUUCAUUAGAGCGUCUUACCUGCUCCAGUCUGGUCUGGUGGACUCGCUGAACUAGCUGCUGGUCAAUAUCUAUGACCAAUACAAAUAUAUACAAACACACAUUGCCUGGACAAUGUCGUCUUUCUUCUGUUAUUUAUUGUCGACUGUCCUGUCCACACCAGCGACAUGUUAUUCCGAGUCGGCUGUAUUCAGCCCCACCCAAUGACCUGAAGGUACCCAGAUAAAUGUCGAAAGGAUCUUCUUUAGGUCCUCCAGGCCAGGGAUGUUGAAUUGCAGCAAAAUAUAAAGACUUUGGCAGAACCAUUAUGGGGCUGUCAGCAGGACAUGUUAACAUCUGCUUUAGACCCCUGUCCAAGAGGGAGACCAUGCUGCUAUGACCAGGACAAACUCUCUGACCUCAACAGAAAAAGAAACAGCGGCUGUGAAGUGGGGAAUAUUUUUGUAAAUAACUGUUUUGCCUUUUUUUUUUUUUAAUCUUCAGAUGCCAAUGGAAUAUGGUGUCUUUGUUAAAACAGAAUCCAAUGUAUUCUGGGAUGAUAUAAAGGUUUUUAUUUCAUGUGGGGGAAA